GCAGCCGGGCCGGCGGCGGCGGGUCACGUGAGCGGAAGAUGGCGGCCCCGGCGGGCGGCGGGGGCUCCGCGGUGUCGGUGCUGGCCCCGAACGGGCGGCGCCACGCGGUGAAGGUGACGCCGAGCACCGUGCUGCUGCAGGUCCUGGAGGAUACGUGUCGUCGGCAGGACUUCAACCCCAGCGAGUACGACCUGAAGUUUCAGAGGAGCGUGCUGGACCUCUCGGUGCAGUGGCGGUUCGCCGGGCUGCCCAACCACGCCACGCUGGAGAUGGUGCCCGCCUCCCGUGGCCGCGGGGGGCCCGAGACCACGGUGCGCGUGGCGCUGCAGUUGGAGGACGGGCCCCGCUUGCAGGGCACCUUCCGCUCUGGCCAGACGCUCUGGGACCUACUCAGCCACUUUGCUCAGACCAGGGAGCGCCUGGAGCAGCCGAGCGGGGCCAGCCCGGUCUGCGUGUACAUGAGGGACGAGGUGGCCGGAAGAGCGGCCUUGCAGGACACGACGCUGCAGUCCCUGGGCCUCACCGGGGGCAGCGCCAUCAUCAGGUUUGCCAUGAAGCAAGGCGACUCUGCCGGCAAGCAGGAGCCCGCCGUCCCCCGGAGCAGAGCCCCAGGAAGCCCGACCCCGUCCCUGUCGGCCGAGCAGGCUGCGGGCAGCCCCCUGCCGCCGCUGGACACAGCCCAGCUCAGCCGGGGUGACGGGAGCCGUGAGGAGGCUUCGGGCCCCUCGGGGGGCGGCCCCGUGCAGGGCCCGGGCCCAGAGCCCGCGGAGGCGCAGGCGACUGGACCCUACUUCACACAGGCGACCUUCGUGCCAUUCUCAGGUGGGGGGCAGCGGCUCGGGGGCCCCCUGGCACCUGCGAGGCCUCCGACAUCCCCCGUGUCCUGUCCAGCCAUGUCACCGAAGCCUGCCUCCAGCCCUGGAGGCCCCUCCAAGCCCAAGAAGCCAAAGCCAGGCCAGGAGCUCCGUGAGAGGGAGCCGCCCGUGGAGCGCGAGCCUGUGGUCUGCCACCCUGACCUGGAAGAGCUGCUCCAGGCCUGGCCGGCGGAGCUGCCAGACGAGUUCUUUGAGGUGACUGUGGAUGAUGUGAGGCGGCGCCUGGCCCAGCUCAAGAGUGAGCGGAAGCGCCUGGAGGAGGCCCCCCUGGUGACCAAGGCCUUCAGGGAGGCACAGCGGAAGGAGAAGCUGGAGCGGUACCCCAAGGUGGCCCUGAGGGUCCUGUUCCCUGACCGCUACAUCCUUCAGGGCUUCUUCAGCCCCAGCGAGACAGUGGGGGAUUUGCGGGACUUCGUGCGGAGCCACCUGGGGAACCCCGACCUGCCGUUCUACCUGUUCAUCGCUCCUCCCAAGACCCUCCUGGACGACCACACCCUCACCCUCUUCCAGGCAAACCUCUUUCCUGCCGCCCUGGUGCACCUUGGAGCUGAGAAGCCCGCAGGCCUCUAUCUGGAGCCCAGGCUGCUGGAGCGCACCGUGUCCCCGUCAACGGCCGACAUGCUGGUGGCCAGGUGUAUGUCCAGGGCUGCCCAGACCUCACCCCUGCCGGCAGCCCCUGAUGCUGCGCCCCUGGAGCCGGAGCCCGCGGCCAAGGAGGGGGGCAUGGCCACCCCGGAGCCCCACCCUGGGCUGGCCCAGCCUUUGAGGCGGGAUCUGGGCAAGGUGCCCAAGUGGCUGAAGCUGCCAGCCAGCAGGAGGUGAGCACCCGCCCCGCGCCUGCCGCGCCGCCGCCGCCCGAAUAAAG